CCUCUUUUCCCCCACUGAUUUUGCUAUUCAUAACGACUGAAGGUCUUGGUUUUACUUGAAGUAGCAUAAUUUUCUCUGCAAACUCAGAAACUAUACAGAACAGAUGGCGUUGUCAGACUCAGUCACUACAUGUCUUUCUCUACCUGUGCAUUAUCUGAUUUGCAAAGUUGGAUUUGAGAAGAAAGACACCUAUGAUAUUAAUAAUAUUUUAUCUGAAAAUGGCGAAGUACGUUGGCAAGCUGUUGCAGAGCAUGUAUGUUACCUUGAAUCAGAUCAAAGUGUGGAUUAUAUCAAAAGUAUACGAUCAUUAGGACCUGUAUGUGAAUCUGUUUAUUUGCACUUCAAAUCUCUGACCAAGGAGCAAUUUGUAAUUCAGUAUGCAUUGUGGUUCCACUGGACAAACUGCACAGAGUUAUUUCUUGAAAUAUUUGAGGUUCUGCAAUAUACACAAACUACAGAAGUUGCUCUUGGAUUAAUGAAGCUAACAUCAUGCCUGGAACGAGCCUUGGGUGAUGUGUAUUUACUGAUUGGUAAAGAUUGCCCUUUCCUUCUAAGAGACUUGCUUGCUUCUGAGCAGCUUGCAGUUGUCUUUGGACAAGCUGUAAUGAAUGUACUGAGGGUGUUCAUUGGAUCUCCAUAUGGUCUGAACCUUCGUAAUGUUUUGUGGCAUGGGUUUGCAUCCCCAAAAGAAAUUCCUGCAAAAUAUUGUGCUAUGCUGCUUUUUUUAACUGCAGGAUUGGGUCAGUUGUUACAGACGUAUCUUCUACAAAAUAAAUGCAUUUUACUACAUCGACCUUACGUGAUCUUCGUUAGCUUAGAGGAGCUUGAUAUAUUUCCAGAUCUUAAUCAUGAAGCAGUUUCCAUAGCUGAAGAGCUAGUAAACCUGUCCAGUUUUGUAUUAAAAACAAUGAUACCAUUUUGGAUGGCUGCUUUAACAGCUUUCAAGCAAAGCAGGUAUGCUGACUGUGUGAUUCUCUUACUUCCUCAGCUGGAAGUUGGACUUAGACUGCUUUUCACUACAACCAAUAAAUGUCCAAAUCGAUUGCUAACAGCUGAGUCUUCUGCUCUCUACACCACUUUCGAUGAGAUGCUAGCAAAGCAUUUGGAUAAUGAAGAAGUCAACCAGCUCCCCGCAGUUCUUGAGGAGCCGGCCAUGGAAUUUCUUUGGGAUUUCUUGAGCCACCAGGAGGGUCCACGUAUAAGAGAUCGUUUAAGCCAUGGAGAGAUCAAUCUAGAAGCAUUUCCCAGAGAAGUAGCUAAUCAGAUAGUUGCAUUUGCAAUUACUCUUCUCUGCAGAUUCUCAGAUGAGGAUAUGUUUGCUUUUAAGGAACACAUGGUCAUAAAACCACUGAUGAAGUGUGCAAGUUGCUACUGUUCUCGAUUUCAUCCAAUUUCCCGACUCAAGAAACAGGUACUGGAAUGUAUGAAGAGCAUUCACUUAUGGCCUGAAUUGCCAACAGUGCCUGAAGAGCAUGUUCAGACAACUAAAGGAUUGGAAGGAAAUACAGAAGCUAGUACUUUAAUUUUUAUAAUAUCUGAAAUUCUAUCUCAGUUGCAAGAAUACAUGCCCCAGAAUUGCUGUAGUUCAGAUGAUCCAAUCAAUAAUGUCCUAACAGAGAGGCUGUUGACUGAACUCUGUGAUACACGUAUUUGCACACUUUAUUCUCCGAGACCUGUUCUGGAAAUACUGGUGGUACUCCGUAAAAUAAGCACACAGUGCCAUCAAGUGUCUGAACAAGUUAUUGCCAGCACAGAGUUGAGAUACAAACAGUGCGUGAGCAAGACUCUACGUUCUCGUCAGAGGCAUAACUAUCUACGAAUGUUGAGCAGCAUUAAAUUUUUGUCUCCAGUGUUGCGGCUCAUCUUAGUGUUGAUGACUCUGGAACUAGUCAACAUUCACUCGGUUUGUAAGAAGAAUCCUUCAGAUUAUCAGCAGUAUCUAAAGUUUUUGAAGUCAGUGUUGCAGUAUACUGAGAACUUGGUGACAUACACCAGCCCCAACAAAAACAAGUGGGAUGAAACCCUGGAGCUUACAAACAAGACUUUGAUAAAAAUCAAGAGAAUCAGUGACAGAAAGCUAAUGUUAAUGCAGCUAGCUACAUAAUGGCUUUAAGGUUAUUUGGACAUUGUUAUAUCUUAAAAAUUAUGGAGUCCUCAAGUUUGAUGAGUCUAAUUCAAAGUCAGACAUCAUGAGUCACUGUCAAAGUUUGGAUGCAAAAUUUACUCUUUUUAUUCGAAGGUGACUGUUGAGACUGGAGUUGUUAUGAUCAAGCUUCUGAAGAACAGACUGUUUGCUAAAUCCAGUGAUAAAGAUUUACUGAACUAAAUCAGGAUGAUGCAAGUUCUACUUUAUGUGUUUUGUAGCUUGGACUUUUGUUGUUUGGUUGUUUUCUUGUCAUUUUCUAUUGUUAUUGUAUUUUUCUACUGAAAAUAUUGAAGAAGAGGGUGUGAAUUAAAGCUCUGGAAAAUUUUAAAUGCAAAAAGUAAUUUUUUACUUUAAAAUAUACUGGAAAUUAUGUUAGACACUGGCAAACGGGUUAAGAAAUGAUGAACGUUUAGCAGAAGGUAGUGUUCAUUGGCAGCUGUGCUGCUUGUUAGUUCAAAACAGAAUCGGAUCUUGCACUGAGGUAGAGCUGAUAACGUAGUAACCAGCUGUUGAUGUACUAGGAUUUAAAGGAGACAGGGUGGAAUAACUUUUGCACAAUAUGUGUUUCUUUAAUUUCAUCUGCUCUUCCCCAAUAAAUAUCUAGUUAGUUAGUAAAUAAUCUCCUUCAGAAUAAAUGAGCACUUGUACGUAGUCACAGUCACAAAUGUAUUAUGGUUCAAAAAGUUACCGUCUUGUUGCACACAACAUCAAUUUGAAUAACUUGUUUUUUCAAAAUAAAUUCUUCCCCUUUCUCAUCUCCAAAGAGUAGAAUUUCAGAGGAAUGCAGCAGUUGAAGAACAGAUUCACGAAAGAUCCCCGAUCUCUAUCCAUUUGCUUUCUCCUGAGGAGAGUAAAACCAGAGGGUAAUGUCUGGAGAAUGUUUGGCUAUACAAAGGAUCACAGAUUCAAGUUACUUUUUAAUAAGAUUCUUUGCAGUGUUUCUUGACUGGAAA